UGAUGGUGUAGCAUCGUCACGUCACGAUUCAUGAUCCUACGAUACAAUACGAAAUACUAAACGACAAUUGACUUUUCGCGAUAAUUAACGGUGAUAUAAGUGAUUUAGUGAACUAUUUUAACAAGACAAUUAGGAAAAUAAUUAAAUUUAGUGUUAAGUGUGUUUAUAAAUUUAGUUUUUGCCAAUAAUCAAAUUUAAUUAUGGAAAAUUCAGCGUAUGUGCCAAAUGCGAGCCAUUUGAGCUCACCGGCGCUGGUGGUAUUUUCACAGGCGGCGAGCGGACUACAGGACGCGCUCCGCAUUCAGAGGCCCUUCAAUCCACAGUUUCAAAUGUCUGACGCAACAAAAGACCUCCACCGCCCCUUCUCAGUGUCCAACUUUGGCCUGCGACACAUGGAAGCCUACGGAGCCCUGCCCGCCCAUAUCCUCAACCACCUCCAGCCGCAGUUCCUCCAUCCAGGCCUCUCACUAGGCUCCGGAGCAUUCCGACCCAUCGCAGAUUUGAAAGCUUUCCCGUCACCAUCAGCAUUUGCACCACCUAAAUGUCUGAAAAUAGAAACGGGUGGCGACGGCCACGGGGGUGUACACUCGCAAGGCGGAGGCGGCGUCGGACAUGGCAGCAUUUUCUCACCGACGGAUGAACGCUUUCUAGGACCAAGUCCAAGGACAGAUUCAUGUUCGCCUGCGAGUGCUUCAAUGUCCCCACAGCCACAAUCCUUGGUCUCCGGGGUCAAGGAGGAGAGUAUGGAUGCGCAAAUGUCUGAGGAUGGCGAUGGUGGGUCACAUGGACGUGCAACGGAUACGGAUUCACCGAUUAUGCACGAUGAUGGACGAUUCAGACUGGGUCCGCUCUUUGGCGGCGGCUUCGCCAACAGCUACGCGUUCAGCAUUCCCGGGCUUCAAUCGGCUGCGGCGGCGGCUCAUGGACUUAAAAGUGGAUUUCUUUUUGACCACGAUAUCGCAACGGGUAAAAAGAAGCGGGACCCUUCAAGUUGUCCUGUUUGUGGACUAACCAUCCCGCCAGGGGACUUAGAAACGCAUUUUGUUCAUGAAUUAGAACGGUUGUAUAAGAUCAACGGAUCAGCGGCGGCGGCAAGUCGGAAUAAACGGAGUCAUGAUGCGACAAGGCCCCCGGCAUUGCCAGGUGAUGCUGGACCUGAUGGUCGUUGGGAGACUUUCCAACGAAUCAAAACCAACCGUCAAGGAAGACUAAGAGUCAAACUACGUAAGCGUAAAGCAGAUGAUUGUUUGCAAUGUGACGAUGCGCAUGCGCAACAUUGCCGGAAGGGUUUCCAUACAGAUGAAGACGAACCUGUAGAUGUUGAAGGAGACUCCGAAUUUGAAGAAUGGGCCGAAGGUCAACGCAGACGUACUCAUUCCUUGUUAACAAGACAUGCUAGGUUUGCCCCCAGUAGUACUGCCGAAGGUGAUGUCAUUGUAGAUGGUGACGACCCUGAAGAAUCCGCUUUCGGUCCAUCGCAAUACACAGAAUCUGAUGUGGUGGUUCAAGAGACAUCCCCCAAGCCAAAGGAGCCUGAUACUCCCGUGCAGUCCCAGGUGGCGACUGUCAAUUCAAGUGGGGACGUCGAAGUAAAGACCGAAGCGGGUCAUCAACAGCAAUGUGACAGUAAUGUAAGCACAUCGGACGCGGAGCCCAGCAGCCGCGCGCAGAUGAUUGAAGAGCUCCGUAACCGCAUUCGACAGCUGGAGACCGAGGGUGGUGGGGGCGGCGGAGGAGGUGGCGAUGAUAGUCACCCAAAAGAUACCGAUGACUAUAAGUGUUUGAUUUGUUUAGAACACUAUAAAAAACCGGUUAUAUCAACGGUUUGUUGGCAUGUGCAUUGCGAGGAAUGUUGGUUGCAUACAUUGGGAAGUAAAAAAGUAUGUCCACAAUGCAGCAUGAUCACAUCACCGACAGACCUACGACGCAUCUUCAUGUAAACCAACCUCCAGAAUUAGCUUCAUGUGUAAUUAUCAACUACUAAACGUUAAUACACACAUAUUAAUGACUACUGCACCCUUUAAGAAGAAUAUAACCUAACCACAACCAGCCACCCACCGUACUCAUCUGUAUCUGCACCCGUACACACAUACAUUUACACACAUGUCAUGCGUAUAUUUUGACACUCUCUGCGUCGACUAACGAAUCACAGAUGGCGCUACUGUAGCAUAUAGAGAAAAAUAUCAAAUCCGUAUACAUGUACGAGAUUGUUCUGUUUGAUUUUGUUUUGUGUUUUGUUAGAAAUAUUAUUUAUUGUUGUUAUAUCGAUGAAUUAUAUUGAUGUUUAUCCGAAAAUGUAUAAAUGUAAGACGACGUGCAUUGAGGCUGCGGCACUCACAUCUGUGUAAUAUAAAUAUAUUAUAUUAUAAGAUUUACUUAAUGAAAUAUUACGAAUAUACACGAUUACGAAUUGCUUUGUAUUAUAUUGUAGGUAGAAUUUAAAUUAUUAUUAAAUUAUUGUACAUUUUCAACAUACAUACUUACAUACACGCACACAUACUAAUUGUAAUACAUUACACUGUAUAUUUUCUUGUAGAUAUUACUUAAUGACGUAAUAAAUAAUCCCAAGAUUAUAUCAAUGUGAAA